AUGUCGAUUCCCCAGCCUAUCUUUGAGGUUAUCCGACCCCCAGAGCUCUCCAGUUGGGAACAUUCUGCGCUGAUUGAGUGGCACCGUGAAUGGGAGCGCUAUGUGGAAAUGAUUCGCCAUCGCUGUACGACCACUGGCGAGACAUUCGAAAAUGUCGUAGCUACAGUAAAGGGUUCAGUUAAGCGCAAAACACUGAGGAACUUAGCUACCUAUGUGUUAAAGAAAUCCGUUGACUCUGUGACCGAUGCAGACAUCAUGGCGGCCGUGGUCGCGCGCUGCAGCACACUCAAGAAUGAGUUUGUACCAGAUAUUUCAAUAGCUUUUGAGACGGCCGCCAACUACAAGAGCAGAUCUAAGGCCCGUUGCCAGAGGUGUGAUUGCAAGUUGCCCUCUUUGGUCUGA